AUGUCGGCAGGACCACCCCAGCAAGGGACAUUCUCCCUGUUCCCAAAGGACCGACCACCAUCUAGGACCCAAAACACCACGCCAGGCCGGCCAUCAAUAGACUCGGUGCCUCGAGACUCCCCAUCUAGAGCAGGAAGACGCACUCCGCUAGAGCGCAACAUGUCCGUCCGUGACGGCAAGAAGACCUCAGCAACAACCACUGGCCCCUCCAUGGGCCCAUCCGAACCUGUAGACGCAGGCGAGAGCACAGUUGUGUGGCCAUCGGAAAGCAGACAGGCAGAUCCCAUAAUACAACGGCCGGCCGCGGUCGUCACGGCUGAUCCUCCCGCUCGGUGUGAUACUGCCUUCUCUGAAGCGCAGACCCUCGUCCGGGCUAACAGCGAUCGAUCCAGGAAUUCGAUAGCCAAGCCACCGCUGGACAAUAGAGCGACACAUUAUGGAGAGGCGUCAUCCGAGGCCCCCUUGCGGUCCAUCUUCCCAGAGUACAACCCAAACCUCCCACUCUCCCAGCAAAAUUACUAUCCUCCUCAGUCAAGCCCAACCCACCCAGCAGGCAUUCCCGCCGGAGCCAUCAGCCGUCGUCUAUAUUCGCCCACGUCUGAGGAGAGGCCAGAGAAUAAUGAGAACACCAUCAGCGCCCCCCUGCGCAGCCCCAUGAGCGUCAAUAGCUCCCGCACCCACCAGCAGACGGCCACACGGAAAUGGCCCCCGCCGAGAGUGAACGUAAAGCCUUCGACGCCAGAGCCAAGCAGUACCGAUCAGCUCCGGAACUUCUGGAAGGUCGCCAACGGCUGGAAGGCCACCGCCUCUGAGGGCCGGGUGUACACAUUUAUGGUGUCGAGCGAGAAGGACACGCCCAUCUACACGCUGUCCUCCAAGUCAUCGCAGCCGUUCUACCGGCUGAAGCUGGACCCCACGUCGACGGCAGCCUACGUGUCGCUGUCGCGACUCGACCCAAGCAAGCCGUACAAGCCGCCCGUGCCGCUCAAGGACGGAUCCGGCAGCCCCAGGAGCGGCAGCAGCGAGAACAUCAGCACCGGCGAGGCGGCCACCAAGGGCUGGCAGGAGGUGCUGAGCACGACGCUGGAGGCGACGUCGCGGCACCACGCGCCGAACGACGGGCUUGUGGCGCUGCUGUACCCGCUGGCGGCGGCGAAGCUGGCUCUGGAGAGCCGCUUCACCAACGCGGCGGCGUUCGCGACGGCGGAGCGCGAGUGCGCGCGGCUGGUGUGGGACGACGACAGCGGCAACCACUUCCUGGUGCACCCGGCGCUGGCGCUGCCCUUCUGCGUGACGGUGGAGCGCAACCCGGCGUGGAGCCGCACCGAGUACACGCUCGAGCACGUCGAGAGCCCGCAGCACCUGGCGCGGCUGACGCGCGACGGCACCGGCUCCGGCUGGCUCGAGGUCGACACGGGCAUCGCGUCCAAGAUCGACGCCGUGUACCUGGCCGACGUGGCCGUCGCGGCGCUCAUGCUCGUCGCGCACGCCGACGGCGAGUUCAGCCGCGUCGAGGUCUUCGAGCCGCCGCCGUCGCUGCGCAGCGAGAGCAGGCAGCAGCAGGACGGGAGGGUGAGCCGCAUCAGCCGCAUGAGCCCGCGGAUCAACAGCGGGGACAAGAAGGACAAGAAAUCCGGGAAGACCCGCAUGGAGGAGUUCGAGCUGGACCUGGAGAGCCAGACGAGCGACCUGAAGAAGCACUCCAAGAGGAGGAGCAAGGAUGAGGACAAGAUGCCCGGCUGCGCGAGGGCGGUCAUCUCGCUGCUCGGCGUCAUUUUCAAGUGCUUCAUCUGGUGCGCGACGGUCCUGUUCAAGGCGCUGACGGGCUGUAUUUCGUUGUUCGCGAGGUGUAUAACUUCUGAGAAGUUGUAG